ACGAGCCUUCAGAAUUUAGAUUUAAACAGUGCUGUUAACCCUCCUCAUCACCGACAUGUCUACUGGAAUUCCGGUCAACAACCACGAGAUGGCCAAAUACGAAAAGGUGGAGAACUCGGCAAAUCGGAGUAUUUAUGUUCUUCGCGAUGGGAUCACCCCGGACGACUUGGCUCGUGAUAUCACAGGAAAACUGGGGAAGUAUGACGUAAACGGAUCAAUCUAUAUCACACAUCUUGAUGGCCUCAUCGAAAGAUACCUGCAAUGGAAACGGUGUCUACCGCGCGUUGACGUAUAUUACGCAAUUAAAUGCAAUGAUGAUGAUAUAAUCCUCAGGAUUAUGAAGCAGCUUGGUGUCGGAUUCGAAUGUGCCAGUCAGCCAGAGGUGGAACACGUGCUAAGCAUUGGUGUUAAGCCAGGCAACAUCAUCAUAGGGAAUCCCGUCCGGACGGGUCCCUUCCUGAAGUAUCUAGCCGCUCAAGGCGUCAACACCUUAUCCGUUGACAGCGAGGGUGAAAUGCUGAAGAUAAAGGAGUUGCACCCAAAAGCUAAGCUGCUACUGAGGAUAUCGGUGGUUCCUAGUGAUGACGAGCUUUAUGGUAGGGAAAUGGGUAUCCGUUUUGGAAGCCACAUAAAAGACAUCAAGCAUCUACUGAAAAAAGCUAAGGAGCUUGGGUUAGAAGUAUUGGGAAUAACAUACCGGUUAAUCUACGGCAAUCUGAAUCCAUCGGUGCACAGCGACAUCAUGGCAAAGGUGGCGUCAGUGUUUGAAAUCGCGCGGGAGUUUGGUUUUGAUGUCUCGCUCUUGGACAUCUGUGGAGGAAUACCGAAAGAACCAGGGCAAUUCGAUAAGGUUGGUGCAGAGCUAACAAAAGCGCUAGACCUCCAUUUUCCAGAAGGUUCCGGAGUCCGCAUUGUCGCUGAACCUGGGAGGUACUUUGCCUCAAGCCUCGGCACUGUGUACAUGAAUAUACUCGAUAAGAGAGAUAAGAAGGCACUGGUCCGUAGCUACGAGGACUUGUGUAAGGGUCCAGACCCAGAAAUGUUGGCUGGAAUGGAUCUUUGUGUUCAUCGCUUGAGAAAGGCAGGGCUUCCUGACGCCAUGUACAUAUGCAACCAGAGUCUGUUUCAGUUGUUUUCCCUGAACUUCCUGCGUGAUGGAGAUGGACGAAAAAUAGAGCCACUAACUCCUCCCUGUAACGGUGAAGUAAAGAAUUUCGUAUCAAUUCUCUACGGCAUGACAUGUUGCGGAGCUGACGUUUUAGCCUACAGCGUCGAC